AUGGUUACAUUAAUUCAACGUAUGCCUACUAAAACAGAGAAGGAUCCGUUAAUGAACGAUGGAGCAUUGGCUUAUAAUCAAUUUUUACCAUCCAGACUUCCACCAAUGUCAUCUUUUACCGUCGAAGCAGUUAGAGAACAAGCAGAAUUAAUUGCCAAAAAAGUUAAUGAAAAACUUUCCCAUACGUUCAUACGCGGGUUAAAAAAUUCAACAGUGGAAAUCCAAGCAUAA